AUGGCGGAAGGCAAUUUUGAUCCCUGUGAAUGUAUCUGCUCCCAUAACUAUGCAAUGCGAAGACUGAUUUAUCUGCUUAGGCAGUCUCAGUCUUUUUGCACAGACACAGAAUGCUUUCAAGAAAUGCCUGGACCCAAUACUUCUUCUUCUUCUGAUGGUGGCUUAACAUUGCUAUGAUUGUUAUGGCCUGGCUCGUCAUUGGUUUUACUCUAUACCUGCUCAGACCCAGGAGCCUCCGAGGAGCCAGGGCAACUGGAAAGCCAACUAGCCCACACAACGAUCACAGUCAUGAACCUCCAGCCCCUCCAGUAGACUAG